AUGAAUAGUGCUCUUCAAUGUCUUUCUCAUAUUGGUCCAUUCGUUGAGAUUAUACUUAAUCUUGAAGAACAACAACCAUAUCAAUUGCCAUCGAUUGUAUCAGCUUAUCGUCGACUUUUAAUUGAAAUGCAAUCGAUUCCUACAGGUGUUACUAGCGCAUAUGAAUUGAAAGUUUGUAUUAGUGAGUUAAACCGACGUUUUGCUGGAACAAAUCAACAAGACAGUCAUGAAUUUCUAACUUUAUUCAUCGAAGGUCUUCAUGAUGAAUUGAUGGAUAACUAUCACAACUCAUCCAUAGGUGAUCUUAUGCAUGGCACAAUUAGAUCAACUGUCAAGUGUCUUAUAUGCAAAACUGAAACAAAGACAGACGAUUCAUUUUUAUCUCUUCCAUUACCUGUACGUCAACCACCUUCAGAAAAUGCUGGAAACAACCUAAUUACGAAAAUAAGUGACAAAUUAAUGUCUCCUUUAAGACACGUUUUGCAAAAUGAUAUCACUCUCUACGAUUGUAUUGACGAUUUUCUCAAAAAAGAGCAAUUAGGUGCAAACGGGCGAUGGUUUUGUGAGAAGUGUCAGAAAGAUACGGAUGCAAUUAAGAAAUUAGACUUAUAUGAACUACCUAAAGUUUUGAUUCUCCAACUGAAACGAUUUACAGAUGAUCUUACAGAUGAAACAAAAACUACGACGAAAAUUCGUAUACUAAAGUUUCUUGACUUGACACGAUUUGUUGAAAACAAUUACACAGAUCAAUCUGCAGCAUACAAUCUUAUCGCUAUUAUGACACAUAUAGGAACACUUGCCAGCGGUCACUGUACGACUUUCGCUCGACAUCUAAUUACCAUGGAUUGGUAUCAUUUUAACGAUGAGCAUGUUCAUCAAGUAUCUUUAAACGAAGCCUUGAAAUCUGAUGCAUAUAUUCUUAUUUAUGAGCGUCAAAAGUUACGUUCUAACUCCUAA